AUGAUCGAUGCUGAUACCAUCAACCAACGUAAGCUUGAUCAAGUUUCAUCUGAUCAAGCUUCUUCAUCCUGUAUCGGAAAGCGAAAGAGAUCAAAUGAUCCAACUCCAAUUCAGUUCUUCGUUCGAUCGUUUCCCAAAGGAGAAACUAUAGUUAUCCGAGCUCAUUCUACGGACCCAGUGGAAUCCAUUCACAAUAAAAUCAUGGGAAUCACAGGAAUACCUGCAUUAAAGGAACGACUAAUUUACCAGGGAAAGGAGCUCGAGUUGGAUAAAACAUUGGAAGACUAUGCCAUCCAACACGAUACAACUAUACAACUUGUAAUUGGUAGAAUGCCGAGCACAGAUCAUCCUCAGGCGUGGCAGCUCAUCGAUGACUUAGUUUCAGUAGUCUUCGAUAUUUUGAAAAGCAAUGAUCCUUCAGCUCUUAUGCGCGGGCAUCAUAUCAUAAGGAUGUUGAAGCAGUUUUUCGCGAUGACUCCAAUGGAUAAUAUUGAAGAAUCCUUUCAAUACCUUCAAAUAUUCAUCUCUUCCUCAGCUCCUGCAGCUCUGGUAAUGCUCUAUAUUUCAGCAGAUAAUACUAAGAAAUAUAUUGCUCAUGAAUCUAUUCAUAGACUUAUCAACUCAUUGAAGAGUACUUAUUUGCCUAAGCAUAGAUACAAUGAAUAUGCUCGAUUGGUCUUUGUGUUUUGUAAGCUGCUGAGAAGUGUUGUUGGGCUUGAUGAUCCCUUGUACAGGUUUUGUCAGAGUAGUAUAGUAGAGUUCACUGGGGUCGCAAGGCACUACUACGUUACUAAGGAAUUAUCAGCAUUGAAUGAUGCUUUUCUGUUUGUACGGGAUGUAGUAGUGGCUGAGUUAUCCCGUGAGUUAGAAUUGAGUAUGGGAUCAGUUGAGUCUACGGAGUUAUCAUGGAGCAUUGUGCCUGAUUUUACUGAGUACAUGUGUUUGGUGAGGGGAUUGUUGCAACAACCUUUCGACUCUCCAAUUGAAAGUGUGCAUCAUAUUUUAUCUGAUUUGCAUCUCAUUUUAUAUGAUUUGCUUGAUAAAAUAGAGCUGUGUUUGAGGAAAAUGGAAGAUCAGUUGGGAUUGAACGAUGAAGGCAGGCCUAUCGUAUCGUGGUGGUCUCAGUAUCUUGUAAUACUGAAAGAGUUAAACAACAUUUCUAAGUUGUUUAACAACUCGGAGGUCUUUUGGGAGAAGAUAACUCAAAGAAAGGUUUCACUAUGCUUUCUAAUCGUGACAUUUGCAAAGAGUUUUAAUGAUUAUCAGUGGGUCAUUGAGCAUAAGGAGGUAACCAAUUUCGAAGUAAGGAGACAUUUCGCAAUGAUGAUGCUUGAAGAAGCUAGAUGCGGAGAAGAGGAUGAGUCAUAUGAGAUGCUCAUUGACAGAUCCCGGUUGUUGGAAGAAUCCUUUCAAUACAUUGUAGAUGUGGAUCCUGAAUUGCUGCGAGGCGAUCUGUUAAUGGAAUUCGAACAUGAAGAAGCUACUGGACCUGGUGUGUUGAGAGAGUGGUUUUUCUUGGUAUGUCGAGAGCUCUUCAAUCCUCAAAUGGCUCUCUUUAUGGCUUGCCCGAAUGAUCGUAGAAGGUUUCUCCCAAAUCCAGCAUCUAAGGUGGACCCGCUGCACCUUGAGUAUUUCUCCUUCUGUGGUAGGAUGAUUGCAUUGGCUUUAAUGCAUAAAAUACAAAUCGGGGUUGUGUUUGAUCGCGUGUUCUUUUUGCAAUUGGCUGGAGAAGAAAUUUCGUUGGAGGAUAUUAGGGAUGCAGAUCCUUCCUUGUACAGUAGCUGUAAGCAGAUACUCGAGAUGGAUCCUGAGACGGUGGAUCAAGAUAUACUUAGCUUGGUCUUCGUUUGUGAUGCUGAAGAAUUCGGGUCCAAAAUAACAAUCGAGCUUUGUCCCAACGGGAAAGAUACUGUUGUGAACAGUAAGAAUAGGAAGGAGUAUGUUAAUCUCCUUAUUCAACAUCGAUUUAUCACAUCAAUUGCUCCGCAGAUAGCUCAUUUUUCUCAAGGUUUUGCUGAUAUAACUACCUUAAGUAUCCAAACUUGCUUGUUUCGGAGUUUAGAUCUUGAAGAUCUUGACCAGAUGCUUGAUGGGAGUGGAAGUGAAAUUUCUAUUGAAGAUUGGAAAGCACAUACAGAUUACAAUGGCUACGAGGAAAGUGAUCAUCAAAUAUCCUGGUUCUGGAAGAUAGUUGAGUGUAUGUCAGGUGAGAAGAGAAAGGCGCUCCUUUUCUUCUGGACUUCAAUAAAGUAUCUACCUCUACAAGGUUUUGGCGGUUUAGAUUCUAGACUUUCCAUCUGCAGAACAUCGGAGUCUUGUGAACUUUUGCCUUCUGCACAAACAUGCUUCUACCAGAUGCGCGUUCCUCCUUAUGGUACCAGGGCACUGAUGCAAGAACGACUCGACAUGAUCACCCAAGAGCAUAUUGGUUGCAGCUUUGGUAUCCGGUGA